GGGAGGGGAGGGACCAGGGGGCGCGAGGAGGGGAGGAGUGGCGGGUCUGGAGCCCCCCGCUGCCGGCCGGCGGCCACAAGGCCGCUGGACCGGGAGGUGCUUGUCCAGCCCAGGACGAGAGCCCCAGGCCAGGGAGGGGCAGAGGCUGGGCCUGAGGCCUGAGCCGGCCACUGGGCUAGGGCUCGGUUCCUACCGGAAGGAUGAAGACUUGCCUCAAGGAUGACAACGGGCAGGAAAGGCCCAUCAACUGAUCUCCCCUGACUCUGGAUCACAGCACCUCUCAAACCCCAUCCCACCCACACUCACUGCCUAGCCUGUGUCCCUAGUUCUUCUCUGAGAUCUCUACUUACGCUCCUGUUCUCAUCAACAAGGACUUAGCCAGAAACGGGCAGUGGCUCCUUUGGAGCUGGUAACAGUUUCCCUCCCUGCUGUAACCUGUUCUCAGGCCCAUCCAACCAUCAGCAUCCCCAACCUGACAUGCAUUCUCACCCUCUUCCUUCACCCAGGGGACCCGCUGCCUCUCCACCCCACCCCAGCCUCCUUUGUCUUGGUUUCCUUGUCAUGACUGCCUCCCUCUCCCCUCCCACCCCCACACACCCACCAUCUUCCCAACAUCCCAGCACCCUCCUUCCUAAUCUUGGGAGGCAUCUCCUCUGGCUGAACUGGAGAAUUCCGGGAUCUAGGCCAUACUCCUUAGCCGACAGCCCCAUCCUUGGGAGGAGGAGCAGGAGAGAGCCUGAGGAAGAACUGGGGUGGAGGGGAGUGAUGGAAACAAUGUCAGGCCAGAAGGCCCCUGAGGACAGAGACUGUGGGGAGACUGGGAUUGAGGGGAGAGUAAAGGAACCAGAGCCGGGGCCAAAGGAAGAGGGGGGCCAGCGAGAGGUAUUUGCGGGGGAGGUUCAGCAGCUGUCUUUCCCAAGAUAGGGACACAUGGGCCUGGUUAUUCCUCUUGUCAUAUGUGGAGUGGUAGGAGAUGGAAGAGGGAGCAAGACAGGGCAAGCAAAGGCAGGUAUGGGUACAGAAAUUAGCAGGCUUAGCUGUCUGAGCCACUGGGCCCCAGCAGUGGGGCAUCUGAGCACAGUGUAACCCAGCACACACCUCCUCACCUCACAGUCCUCCCAAACUGUCCAAACCUUUACCACUGACCCAAUGACAGGAUCAUUCUCUAGAAGAGCAACACCCACAUUACCAUUAGGAAAGGGAGGAUCAAACACAACCCCCAGGGAAUUAUAGGAGAGCAAAAGUCCUACUAAAUUUUAGCAGGUGCAGUGUCCAGGGAAAAGAAAUUAAGCAAGCCAGGAACUGAAAAACCCACUAAUCUAAAACCAGACCUCUGUGCCUCUCCCCGAGGGACAAAAAUGUCCUGCCAGAUUCCUCCUGGAAAAACCUAUCCCCCCAACUGCUGUCCUCCCCAGCCAGGUCCCAGGUUUCCCAUCUCCUAGGAACAGAUGGAUCUCCCUAUUCAGAUCCUCCCUGUGGUGUAUGUGGGUGGAGGAGCUGGGCUCCACUCAUGGACCAUGGUCCAGGCAGGGGCUCCAGGUCCAAUGUGGGGGGGAGGAGAAGGCGUCACUUCCGGGGGCCCUUGCCAAUGUCUGAUGGUUCCCUGCUCUCUGAUUGGAUAGAAGUGGCCAGGGCAGGCGUGUGACCCCACUGCUGUGGAGGAGCUAUGCCCCAACGCCACAUGUCUUCCUACCCAUCUGCUCCCCAGAGUGCUACCCGCUCUGCACCUGGGUCUAGGAACCCUUCUCUACCUGGUAAGUGGCAAGCAGGGUUUGGAGCUCAGUGAGGGUAGGAAGGACAGGAAAGAGGAAUUGAGCUCUCAGCUGGGGGAGGGGCAGGCAAACUGGAACCUACAGGCACUGACCUUUGUCGAGAAGAUUGUAGCCUUCCCAGAAUGGGAGGAGCAGGACAGAGCAGGGAUAGGGGGUGGGGUGCUGGGUUCUAAGGGACUGAUCACAGACUUGGUAGAAUAUAGCACAGUCCUGGCUGGCCCUAAGGAAAGGGUACAUGGGUCUAGAAAGGAAAUAAGAGAGGAGGUGCAUUUAGGGCUUCAGGAGCAUAACACCAAGCUGAACAUAGCCCAAUCCCCAUUCUAACCAGUCAUUUCUAGUUAGCUUAAGAUUCUGAAUCUUGGGGCUGGGGAAGCUGGGUCAGGCAAGCCAGGGCCCAAAGGAGAGGGUAAUGGGAGGAGGCUCAUGCAUGUUGACAGACCUACAGGAAAUCCCAAUAUUGAAUCAGGUGCAGGCCUCUUUGCACAACUUGUGAAAGAAGGAGGAAGCCAUGUGGGGGGUCCUGUGAAGGUACCGGAAUGGGUCUACAGAGGGGGCAGGGAGGAAGGUGCGGGCUAUGAGACAAACAUGGUGUCUAGGUGAUGUAAGCCAUGUAAGACAGGCGCCUCUCUCAAAAGUGGCCAUUCUUGGGAAACUUGCCUUCAGCCCAUCUCUUCACCUUGGACAAAUAACCCAGUAUUUCAGAACUUGGAGUGCAAAGAAAAACUCUAAGAGCUUUAUAUGUGGGGGCAAAUGAAAGAACAAGAGGUUAAUUUCUCCCACACCACCCUCUGUUAAUCUCUCCAUCACUGACCUCUAGUAGUUCAGUUUUCUUUUUGCCCAGUUCUCCCCCUCACCCCACUCCCCAAUCUACUCCUUAACACAUUGCACAUGUUUGCUAGUUCCUCAUCCUGACUCCAUAUGCCGUUUUCCAAUCUCUUCUCCAGGCUUGUGGCACAAUACUUCCAUUCUCUAUCCCCACCCCAGCUUCUCUCCAAACAGCUGAAGUUGCUCAAAAAUUGGGGCCAAUUAAGAUGUGUGUGUGUGUACAUAUCCUAUCCUGCUGCUCUCUCCGCAGGAGGCAGGAACGCAGAGACCCAUUUCAGAUUCACUGAGGAACCCUGACAAAGAGGAGACACCAUGUGCUACAAUCACAAGAAAACAUGACAACAGUCAGAGCUUUAGCAAUUCUAGGCUGGAUAGAACCCAGACCUUCUUCCUUGGCCCACCUGUGCCCCACCCAACUCUGCCCAGAAGUGCAAGAGCCUAAGCCGCCUCCAUGGCCCCCGGAAGGAUUCAGGGGAGAGGCCCCAUACAGGGAGCCACUCCAAGCAGACAGCCCGGCCAGAAUGGAGCGGACUGAACUGCUCCUCGUGGUCAUACUUCUCCUAACUUCAAGACUAACUCCAUCUAGCCCGGCUCCUCCUGCCUGUGACCCCCGACUCCUAAAUAAACUGCUUCGUGACUCACACGUCCUUCACAGCAGACUGAGCCAGUGCCCAGACGUUAAGCCUUUGUCUACACCUGUCCUGCUGCCUGCUGUGGACUUCAGCUUAGGAGAAUGGAAAUCCCAGACAGAGCAGUCCAAGGCCCAGGACGUUCUAGGAGCAGCGACCCUUCUGCUGGAGGGUGUGAUGGCAGCACGGGGACAAGUAGGACCCACUUGCCUCACAUCCCUACUGGGACAGCUUUCUGGACAGAUCCGCCUCCUCCUUGGAGCCCUGCAGGGCCUCCUUGGAAUCCAGGGCAGGACCACAGCUCACAAGGAUCCCAAUGCCAUCUUCCUGAGCUUCCAACAGUUGCUCCGAGGAAAGGUGCGUUUCCUGCUGCUUGUGGUGGGGCCCACUCUCUGUGCCAAGCGGGCCCUCCCCACCACAGCUGGCCCAAGCAGUGCCUCUCUAUUCCUCACACUACACAAGCUCCCAAACAGGACUUCUGGAUUGUUGGAGACAGACACCAGUGUCCCAGCCAGAACUACUGGCUCUGGGCUUCUGAAGAGGCUGCAGAGAUUCAGAGCCAAAAUUCCUGGUCUGCUGAGCCAAACUGCCAGGUCCCUAGACCAAAUCCCUGGACACCUGAACAGGACACAUGGACCCUUGAAUGGAACUCAUGGACUCUUUCCUGGACCUUCACCCAGGGUCCUAGAAGCCCUGGACAUUCCUCCAGGAACUUCAGACAUGGGCUCCCUGCCACCCUACCUCCAGCCUGGAUAUUCUCCUUCCCCAAGCCAUCCUCCUACUGGACAAUACUCACUCUUCUCUUCUUUACCCACCUUGCCCACCCCCAUGGUCCAGCUCCAACCCCAAGUUCCUGACCCCUCUGCUAUCACACCCAGCUCCACCAGUCCUCUUCUAAUUGCAGCCCACCCUCACUUCCAGAAUCUUUCUCAGGAAGAGUAAGGCACUGCCAACAUCAGGACUGUCUCCUAUGUAAAAUUCCCUUGCCCAAAGGAGAAGCCCUGGAAGACAACUGCAGCUGUACCAGAUUUCCUGGUUUCACCUGAAACCCAGAGCCCUGGUAAAGAGGGACACCCAGGAAGAGAAAGGGAUUGUUUUUCACUGUAUAUUAUAAAACUUCAGAAGCUAUUUUUUUAAGCUAUCAAUAACAUUCACCAGAGUAGCUAAUUAUCUUUGGUCUAUUUUCUGCACAAAUUACUUGCUACAAAAUACAACUUACUGAUUUUCUA